AUGUCCGACAGUUCUCCGCCGCUGCCCCAGAGCGCUGGGUACAGCAUCGUUGUCGGCCUCGGAGUGGCUUUUGCUCUAGGUGACUUUGGUCGUUUCAUGGUCGCUAACCGCAUCGUCGGUACCGGGCUCACCGCUGCUGCCGUUAUAUCCUCCUGGCUCUACAGCACUGCACUUUUGGGGUCGACUCUCCUAACAUAUCGAUACGGCCUUGCCCUGGGUGUCUGGUGGGGUGCAUCAGCCAGCACUAUGGUAUGCUUCCUGGCCGUCAUUUCGAUCCAGACCAAACGGCGAGCACCAAAUGCGCAUACGAUGCUAGAGCUUAUCCGAGUCCGUUACGGGGCGAGCGCACAUAUUUUAUGGAUUGUCCUAUGCCUUGUGAAUAACCUGCUUAUGUUCUCCAGUAUGCUCCUCGGGGCCAGUACAGCUGUGACUGCUCUGACGGGAAUGUCUGUCAUUGCUAGCACAUAUCUUAUGCCGCUUGGUGUCGCUAUUUACACGUACUUUGGCGGGCUGCGUGCUACCUUUUUGACGGACUAUAUUCACACAUUCAUCAUCAUGAUAAUUCUCGUGUGGCUCAUGAUUAAGAUUAUUGCCGUAAAAGAGAUUGGCUCCUUAGGCGCUCUAUAUGAUGCCGUUAUUUCUGCAGAUCAGGUGAAGCCUGUUGAGGGCAACUAUCAGGGCUCUCACCUCACCAUGCGCAGCGAGCAGUGCUUGUACUUCGGUAUUCUGCAUGUUAUUACCAACUUUGGAUCUGUCGUCAUGGAUACAGGUUUCUGGCAAAAGGCUUUCUCUGCCGAUGUAACCGCUACUGUUCCGGGUUACAUUCUCGGUGGCGUGGCCUCCUUCUCCGUCCCUUGGACUGUAGGGACAAUUGGUGGUCUAGCUGCCAUUGCCCUUGAAUCAACGUCUGCUUGGCCUACAUAUCCCAGGAACAUGACAGAGCAGGAGGUGGCAUCUGGCCUCGUCUUGCCGUACGUUGUUCAGACUGUCGCUGGAAAGGGUGGCGCUGUGGCCCUCCUUUUAACAAUUUUCAUGGCUACAACUUCGGUUGCCUCGGCGCAAAUGAUUGCUACAAGUUCUAUCGUGUCAUUUGAUAUAUAUGGCACCUACAUCAACCCGCGCGCCACCAACAAGGACCUCAUCCGUUGGUCACACAUAGGCGUUAUUGCCACCGCCCUGGUUAUAUCGUCUAUUGCAACUGGCUUCCACAAAGGAGGCGUAGAUAUGACAUGGCUGUUUUACGCAAUGGGAAACCUCAUCAACCCCGGAGUGUUUCCUACCUGCUUUGCCCUCUUCUGGCGCGGGCAGUCCAAGGCUGCAGCAAUAACUGCACCUCUUGUCGGCGUUACAUGUGGUCUCAGCGUCUGGCUUGGUAGUGCCUACGCGUAUUAUGGAGGAUUAUCAAUUACUUCGACAGGUAGCACUCUCCCAUGCCUCUUCGGUUGUAUUACAGCCUUCUUUGUCCCUCUGCCUGUGACAUUGGUCAUUUCCUUGGCCAAACCCGCCAAUUUUGAAUGGAGCCGUUUUGGAGCCAUUAAAACCAUACCUCCAGAUGGCGCAAAUGAGACAAAGGCGACCCAAGAGGUCAGAGCCGACGAGUCUCCCGAAAGAGUCAAGUAUAUGAGGCGCAUGAGUCGUUGGGCUGUCUUUUGGGCUGUCUUGACUGUCAUCGGCCAUAUCCUUUUGUGGCCACUGCCUAUGUAUGGCGCAAAGAUGGUUUUUUCCAAAUCAUUCUUCACUGCGUGGAUCGUCAUCUCUCUAGUAUACCUCUGGUUUACUCUCCUUGUUAGCAAUGUGUACCCACUCGUUGACGGAGGCGCGAAAAAGAUCUACUUUAUAUUGUCCGGAAGAACAUCGGAAGGCAAGCCGUCAGGAGGUUCAUCAGAGACAUCUGAUGUAGAGAGUCCGAAGACUGAUGCAGAAGUCCGUGGAGCAUAG